AGCAACAACCACAAGCAAGCAAACCAAACAAAAGAUAAACAAACCGAAAAACCAACCCAACCACAAAAAGCAGCUUUUCAAAUUAGCGAAAAAUUUAAAUUAUCAGAACGGGACAGAUGAGUUUCCAGAUAAAAUAGCAAAAAGCAAAUAAAACUGAAAACAAAAACCAAUUCGAGUGCGAAAACUCGAAUAAACUGUUCCAAUAAAACAAAAGCGGCAACAACAAAGUGCGGUUUCACACAAACACACAUAAACGGAAUGAACAUUUUGCCAGCAGCUGAGAAAAUAAUUUAGCAAAAUUAUAACACGUAAAAUAUUUUGAUUCAUACUAUAUAUAAACUGAAAGCAGACUUCAUUAAACAUCAAAGAGAAUUGCGUGAGACCGCAAUACGUGCAAAUCAAAGCCGCAACAUCAACAGCAGUAAUAGCAACAGCAACAAAAACCGCGGACACAAGCACAGGCCCAUCACGCAUAUAUAUACGUUUUUGGAGUGGAAAAGCGCGCCAUUAAAGUGCAAUUGAAAAGAUGUUGGCAAUGCCCACGCUAAUGAUGCCAGCAACUGCACAGAUGACGCUCAGCAGUCAGCCCCUGUCGGUUGGUGCAGCGCAUGCGAAGCCCUACGAAACGAAGCUACUGGCGAUCCACCAGACGCACCUUCAACAGCAGCAACAGGCGCCUCAGCAACAGCAGCCGCUCACUGGCAAGCAACAGCAGCAGCAGCAACAGCAGUCGCAGCAAAUGUCCAUCGUCACAACUCAGCAGCAACAGCAGCAGCAGCAGCAGCAACAACAGCAUCCGCAGUCGCAGUCGCCGCAUCAGCAUCAGCAUCAGCAGCAACAGUCACAGCAACAGGCAGUGGCCGCUGCCGCUGCUGCCGCAGCAGCCGCACAUCAUCAGCAGCAGCAACAGCAGGCCGCAGUUGCUGCCGCCGUCUGUGCCGCCCAACAACAGGCAGUUGCCGUGCAGCAACAACAAUAUCAGAUUCAUUCGCAACAGCAGUCGCCGCAGCAGGUGCUCAGCGCCUCCCCGAAGCAGGAGCAAUUUCACAUUUUUGUCGGCGACUUAAGUUCAGAAAUUGAAACUCAGCAAUUGCGUGAAGCAUUCACACCAUUCGGCGAGAUCUCGGAUUGUCGUGUGGUGCGUGAUCCGCAAACCUUGAAAUCGAAGGGCUAUGGCUUUGUGUCCUUCAUCAAGAAGUCGGAAGCUGAAAGUGCCAUUACGGCCAUGAACGGCCAGUGGCUCGGCUCGCGUUCCAUUCGCACGAAUUGGGCCACACGGAAACCGCCGGCGAGUAAAGAAAACAUCAAGCCAUUGACCUUCGAUGAAGUCUACAAUCAGAGCAGUCCCUCCAAUUGCACCGUUUAUGUGGGCGGUGUAAACAGCGCCCUCACCGCGCUCAGCGAGGAGGUCCUGCAGAAGACAUUUGCCCCCUAUGGUGCGAUACAGGAGAUACGCGUCUUCAAGGACAAGGGCUACGCCUUUGUGCGCUUCUCCACCAAGGAGGCCGCCACACAUGCCAUUGUUGGCGUGCACAACACCGAAAUCAAUGCACAGCCCGUGAAAUGCUCCUGGGGAAAGGAGAGCGGCGAUCCGAACAAUGCUCAGACCAUUGCCAGUCAGGCCUUGAACAGCGCCGCAGCGGCCGCAGCCGGCUUCCCCUAUGGCGUGGGCGCUGCUGCCGCUGCGGCAGCUGCAUAUGGCCAACAGUUGGCUGCCACCGGCUGCUGGUACUCCCCCACACCCACAUACCCCGCAUCGUCGGCCACAGCCGCCGCAGUCACACCCGCGGCCGCCAGCGCCGCUGCCGUGCAGAAUCAGUUCCUGCAGGGCAUCCAGGGCUAUCAUUUUGGCCAGUACGGCGGCUACCAGCAGGGCUAUAUGGGCAUGGGCGUGCAAAUACCAGCAACCUGGCAGGGUGUCACCCAGGCCCAGAUAUCGCCCGCACAGCAAUUGGCAACGGGUGUUGCCGGCACCGCCAUCCCCCAGGCCGCCGGAGUGGUUGCCUACCCCAUACAGCAGUUUCAAGUGAGCCCACAGGCACAGUAAAACAAACACAAUUUGCAAUUGCUAUGCAAAAACAAAACCAAAUUUUUACAGUACAGCAGAAUAUCUGAACAGAAACAAGUAAACAAACUGAGCUGUAAAUAAAUGAAGCGCAGAACAAGCCCA